UCACAACAACUUUGUAACUCAAAUCUGCUACAACAAAAACCAAAUCAUGCAUCGCCGACUCCUCGGCAACGCCACAGAGCUGCCUUACAACAAUGGCAACCGGACAGCCGAUUCCUACGUUAGCGAGACGAAUUUCGACACAAACAUGGUGAUCAUCUUGGCGGCUCUCUUGUGUGCCCUUAUAUGCGCUCUUGGCUUGAACUCAAUAGUGCGGUGCGCGCUCCGCUGCAGCCACAGGUUUGCUCUUGAGACCCCGGAGCAGGCCGCGGCACGACUCGCGGCUACAGGGCUCAAGAAGAGUCAUUUGAGGCAGUUACCGGUGGCCGUUUACGGCGAAGGGACACAUAUUCCGGCGACCGAGUGUCCGAUCUGUCUUGGAGAGUUUGAGGAGGGCGAGAAGGUUAGGGUACUGCCAAAAUGUAACCACGGAUUCCAUGUGAGGUGCAUAGACACUUGGCUUGUGUCACACUCAUCAUGCCCGAAUUGUCGGCAUUCACUGCUGGAGCAUCAACAACCAUCGAAGAAAACUAGAACUACCAGUCGUAACAUCAGUGGCGCUAGUUCCGAAGCAACAGCUAAUCCAUCACCAACAACAGCCGGUGAGUCUGACCAAGAAGGCAGAGUAGUUCUGGUGAUUGAUGAAGCAAGGUAAAUUAAUACGCCGAUGAGGGUACGUAGUAAUUAAAUAUUUUACGGUGCUGGUAGAACUAGCGGGAAGUAGUAACAUGGUGUUUGAUUUAGCUAGUUUUGCGGAGGCCAAGUAGCAAUUAGAGAGUUCUCAAAAAAAAAAGAAAAAAAGUAGCAAUUAGAGAAUGGUUACAUUUUACAAUGACGAAGCUGAUGAGAUGUAUUGUAAAUUAUCAAAUAAGUAUUGGAAGAAAUGUGGUCCAAUACUCCAAAUUUAGGGUUUUUCUUUAUUCCCAUGCUUUGCUUAUCACAAGGCGCAGCUGGCCGGGGACUAAAGUUGGGUCUGAGUCUCAAUGUACGUAACACAACUUGGUGACCGUACCGCCCUUAUUGAUUGAGAAUACAUUCCUUAAAGUAAUGAAUGAGAUUUGUGACACUAAGUGAUGCAGGAAAAUGUCACAUACAGAAACGGUAUUAUGAAGCUUUGAGAGGGAUUGUAAUAUUGUUCUGAUGGGGAGAGGAGAUGAGUAAAGCGACUGUGCGCGGAGCUACCCUUUAAGAUCAGCGUGUACAGUCGCAUGUUAUUGUUUUAUCGUUUCGAACUGUUUAGCUAUGUUCAUCUAACUAGUAAGUUAUUGACUAAAAGAUUAAU